ACAACACAAUCGCUGGCCAUUUGAGGGACCUGACUUGAUAUGCUUAAAAUAGUUGCGAUAUCCCACUUCCGCGGUAAUUUCCAUCUCGGCGGCGUUUCGUUCGGAGACCGUAGUAGUAGUCCCGAAGUGUCUGCUCUCCCGUCCUACGGUAGGAAGUGCGUUUCCAAGUCCUAGAUGGACAGAGUAGCGUCGCUUUGGAAACGGAGCACUUUGAAGAGCAAAGGUUUCCGAAACAAGGUCUUCACCCGUCGACACGUGAAUUUGUCGUCACAAAGGGACAAAGACAAAAAAGAAAGUUGCGUUUGGCGCUUGUCUGUUUUCCAAUGAACUUACCUGUGGAAAUGUAAACUGCGGCCAAUGUUCCGUCUCACUCGGGAGCAUCUUCUUUUUGACUGACACUAAUCAUCUAUAAAGUGCGGCGGCAGAGAAGGCUAAAGUCAUCAUUUAAGCCAUUUCCUGCUUUCUCAAUCGCUCUUGCUCGCUGAAAUGAAAGAUUUUUAUUGACGUCUUUAUUUUUCAUUCGCGGCAGUAUCGGAGACGGCGCCGUCUCUCGCUACCCGGAAGUACGUUUGACGUCACGGGGAAAUACUCUCCGGAAAUUCAGUUUAUCGGGCGAGUAUUUCUGGCCGUUGAUUGACACUAAUUUGGCACUUUGGGAUUUUGAAUUGUGGGUUCCUUUCACACUAAAUGACACGGUAACAGGGAGCACUUUGCACACUGCCGUUGCCUGUUAUUUCCUCGCAAGCUUUGGAAAGCCAAUAGGCGGGAGAAGCUACCCAAAGUCAAACUUUGAGUUGGUUCCGUUUGAAUCUCUCAACAACCAAAAUAUUACCUCUCGGUAAGAGGAAUGUGUUUUUACGCCACUGCAAAUGACAGUCGCCGGACAUAAACGAGCGCACUCCCUUGUCUGCCGGCUCGCUAUUUCACCAAAUAGUACUGUACGUGCCCACAGUCACUCGGGCGUUUUCACGGCCUUCGAGCAAACACAGAGACGCCAUUAUGUCUCCUCUCUUUCUGCUCUCGCCUCUCUUCGACCAAGUCUUUUUUCACACUCUCCAAGUAACUUUCAAGACACAUUCAUCUCUUUUCUGAUAUCCUUAGAAGUGGUGUCGGAGAAAGAGGGAAACAGAAAGAAGGAAGGAAGCGGAGGUUUCAGGACAGAGGUGUGUGUAAAUUAUUCGCCCAGUAAUUAGGCCUCCGGGUCUUGGCGGCUUCCCCUGCGAAGUGUUCUCCUACGACGACUACCCACGGUGCCCUUGGGAUGCUUCCAGGAGUGGGCGGCCGCGCACCGCCCCGCCAUGGAGAAGAUGAAGAGGAUUAAGAAGCGUCUGUCGUUAACGCUCCGCUCAAGUCAGACCAUCGACGAGUCGCUUUCCGAGCUGGCCGAGCAGAUGACCAUUGAGGACGGCGGCACCAAGGACAACGAGCCCUUCGUGAGGAACGGCCGGCCGCCCACCUCCCACAGCAUGCACUCCUUCCUGCACCAGUACACCGGCUCCUUCAAGAAGCCGCCGCUCCGCCGGCCGCACAGCGUCAUCGGCGGCACCCUGGGCUCCUUCAUGUCCAUGCCGCGCAACGGCAGUCGCUUGGACAUCGUGCACGAGAACCUGAAGAUGGGUUCGGACGGGGAGAGCGACCAGGCGUCGGGGACGUCGUCGGACGAGGUCCAGUCCCCGACGGGCGUCUGUCUGAGGAACCGAGUCCACCGGAGAAUUUCCAUGGAGGACCUGAACAAACGCUUGUCGCUGCCCGCCGACAUCCGGAUCCCCGACGGCUACCUGGAGAAGCUGCAGCUCGCCAGCCCGCCCUUCGACCAGCCGCUCAGCCGCCGCUCACGCCGAGCGUCGCUGUCGGAGAUUGGCUUCGGGAAGUUGGAGACUUACAUUAAGCUGGACAAACUGGGAGAGGGCACGUACGCCACCGUUUUUAAAGGACGCAGCAAGCUGACGGACAACCUGGUGGCUCUGAAGGAGAUCCGGUUGGAGCACGAGGAGGGAGCGCCGUGCACGGCCAUCAGAGAAGUGUCGUUACUGAAGGACCUGAAACACGCGAACAUCGUGACGCUCCACGACAUCGUCCACACCGAGAAGAGCCUCACGCUCGUGUUCGAGUACCUGGAUAAGGAUCUGAAGCAGUACAUGGAUGACUGCGGAAACAUAAUGAGCAUGCACAAUGUGAAGGUGUUCUUGUUCCAGAUUUUGCGCGGGCUGUCGUAUUGUCACAAGAGGAAAGUUCUCCACAGGGACCUGAAGCCCCAGAACCUCCUCAUCAACGAGAAGGGAGAGCUCAAGCUGGCCGAUUUCGGUCUGGCGAGGGCCAAGUCGGUCCCGACUAAAACAUACUCCAACGAAGUGGUGACUCUGUGGUACCGGCCCCCCGACGUUCUGCUGGGGUCCUCCGAGUAUUCGACGCAGAUCGACAUGUGGGGCGUGGGCUGUAUAUUUUACGAGAUGGCCGCGGGUCGGCCGCUCUUCCCGGGCUCCACGGCGGAGGACGAGCUCCACCUCAUCUUCAGGUUACUCGGAACGCCGGCGGAGGACAACUGGCCGGGAAUAUCCUCCAUGGAAGAGUUCAAAUCUUACAAGUUCCCCAAGUACAAACCUCAGCCGUUCAUCAACCACGCUCCCAGGCUGGACGGCGAAGGCGUCGAGCUGUUGCUGGCUUUCCUCAGAUACGAAUCGAAGAAGAGGAUCUCGGCGGAGGACGCGAUGAAACAUUCCCACUUCAGGCAUCUCGGGAUGAGAGUUCACACGUUGCACGAGAGCGUCUCCGUAUUGACGUUGAAGGAGGUGCAGCUGCAGAGAGAUCCGGGCUACAGGAACUCGUCGUACCCGGAGUCCGGCAACGGCAAGGUCAACCGGAGGCAGAGCAUGCUCUUCUAGAGUUCCGCGAAGAAGGAAGACACCUCGGCCGUCACCCUGUACCUGACCAACCUCUCCGGCAUGAGCCCCCCCCUUCCAGCAACCCCCCCCCCCGCCCCCUCCCAGUUUUACACACACGCACAUUCACAUGCACACACCCCCCUCUUGACUUCGGUUCAAUUGGUGUGUUUAUUUAUUUACAGACAAGUGGGACAGGGGAUGUUUGCUGCUAAAGUACUACUGUAUGUAUUUAACACACCCUGUUAAAUGUGCGAGCGCGCAUGACGUGAAGUCGCUUCUACAGUCGGUAACGACGGCUGUUGUUUUGGUUCCCGCCUCCUGUUUGAUUUUGUUGAGAAAUUCCGCAGACGACGUUCAAGCUGUGAUUCAAGUUGUCGGAGACCACACGCUUCGUUUCUUUUAAUAUAUACGUAUGUUUAUAGUAUUCAUUUCAUGUUCGAGUUCUCCCGGGAGAUUGUACGACCGAAACGUACUUAUUUUGGGAAGUGACCUUCGGCGGGAGGCCACCGGCCUGCGUCGUAGUAGUUGAGUCAGAUGAAAUUGGAACAUUGGGAAUGACAAUUUGGAGUAUUACGGCCACAUUUCAAAGGAAAACAAAAUGUUAACGUUACAAGAGUCGCAGGGCUAUGACAAUAAAGUAGUAUUUUUUUCCCGAAACAAAGCGAAUGAAAACAUUGAUAGGUAAUAUUGUGACUUUGUUCAUGUUCAAUGAAUAUAUUUGAGCAAAAUAGGAUGGCUCAUUACUAUAAUAUUAAAGGUUUUGGGUGGAAUAUUUUGAAGUCAUUCUUGCAGCUUUGCUUGUUUUUACCUCCCGCUAUUGCGACUUUAUUCUUGGAAGAAAUAUUUUUUGUGGUAGUGCUGACUUUAUUGUUAGAAAAUUCCAAUUUUUUCCCCCCUCAAACUAUUGUCACGUUAUUCUUCCAACGUUACACUUUGUUCGGUGUUUGUUCUUGUCACGUAGCGACAUUCCACCGUUUUUCCUCACAACGUCGCUACUUUAUCAUUGAAAGACGACAGCUUUUUUUAUUGCAAAAGUACGACUUAAUUGUUGUAACACUUUGGCUUUUUCCUUCAAAUAUUAUGACCUGAUUUCCUUACAGCUUUUGUUUUGAAACGUUGGGGGGGGGGGGGAACGGAUGCCAUGAUAUCACGGCUAUUUUUCCCUCAUGAUUCUGUCAACCCGUUCCAGAAAGAUAAUGCCUCGUUCCUGGUAAUAAGUCUUUAGUUUUGUAACAUUCCAAGUUGUUUUAUUCAUAAUGCUGUGACUUUUGUCUUGUAAACAUGAACACGAGUCAAUCUUUUAGUGCAAACUGAGCAACUAAAGGGGUUUUCUCUGGUCAGUAUUGCGCCAUAUCAGGUGUUGGUGUGACUUGUUUAAAACUCCAGCAGUUUUUCUCCAAAUAGUGUGACUUUUGUCUUAAAAGGUCUGCGUUUUUUCUUGUAAUUUUUGUAAAAACUGAAACCUUUUCUUACUUGAAGAAAGUCGGAUCCCCCCCCCUCCCCCUAAUGUUGUUACUAUAGUAGAAUAGUGACUUUUUCUUCAAAACAUUGAAAAUUGAUUCUUUAAAUUUCAACUAAAUCCCAACUUUGUUUUGUUCAAAUUGUCUUUUGACAUGAAUUUUCUUUUUAGUGUGGCCCCAAUACUCCAUUGUCCAAAGUCAGUAUUGUGAGCGGGGGGGGGGGGGGAGGAUGAGGUCGUGUUUGACAAAACAAAAAGGAAAGAAAGCGGUGGGCUGGGUUCUCGCACUCAGUGCAGUAACUUAGUGUUUAACUUGCACUUUUAUAUAUACAUCUAGAAUUUGGCAGACGCGGGCCGAGUUUAGCCAACGGUAUUAACACGUGUCUUCUAUACGUCUGUGACCUUUGAACUCUCGUCAACCUACGGCGUCAUCGCGGCUCGGCACAGUUGGCCUCGGGGCGCGGAGGCGAUGCUGUAGUUUGUUUGGAAACGGACACUUGCGCAGAAGCGCCAUUUGUAUUCCAGGCGCGUUGUACCGAAGCGCUUCUCAAUUCUCGCCGCGCGCACUCUUGACGUGUGGGUCAUAGGAGAUAAUUGCGACACUCCCAGUAGCAGAGUGUAAAAGAUAAAACGACCCCCGGAAUGUAUGGAGGAGACGAGAGCGUGUGUUUCUACAUACCGUGAAAAGCGCAGUAACGACUACUACGAUUUAUGGUUUGCAGCUAAAGGUGCCCUAAUCCCGUAAGCACACUGUAUUUGUCUUCAACAGGUAGAGGCAAACGUAUGACAAAUGGUUUGUCACGGCCGAGCGAAGCUAUUUUUUCUACAAAUACGUUACGGUCUUAUAGCCACGAUACAAAUAACGUCUUAGUGUUUUGUUGACUCGUGGGGGAGACAACAUUAUAUUAACGGUCAUUGCCACGAACUGGUAUCGGAGUGAGAUAUCGCGGCUAUUAACUGCGAACCUCGACGGUAUCCGUAUAUUUCGAAACGAACGGCAGUAACCGCGCACGACGGGAGAUGCGUACCGCGACUUUAUUGGUCAACGUACGACUUUUGCGCAAUCGCGUUCGAGAGCGCGUGUUUGCCCGCCAUGUUUGUGAAACCACACCGAGCCGUAGGGCAACGCUCAGCGCGUGCCUGCGCGCGAGAGUCUUUCUACUGGAAUUAUUUAUUUCUCGUAACCAUCGGAAAGUAAAUUGAAUCUGUUUCAUAUAACAAGUCUGCAUUUGUUCAUUCGGGAUUGCAUCACAUCUGAAAGUUGUUAGUAAAAUUUGGACGAUAUGAUACAUUUGCAUCAAUCACUGAACCGAAAGGCCUGGAAAUUUGGCCAAUUUCUAUUGACCACAAGGGGUCAUGGGAAAUCCUAUUUGGACGGAUUUGAACAGACUCAUUUAGAAGAAGAAUGAUUUUUAAUUGUCACGACCAUGCAUGCACAUGAAAUGAGUUUUCCUCCUUUUACCCAUCACAGCGAACGCAUACACACGUUAGCGGAACACACUGGAGCAGGGGGCAGCCGAAGCGCCCGGGGAGCAUUUCGGGGUCUCGGCGUCUCGCUCAAGGACGCCACAGCCGUGAGUCCGGGGGAUGUCGGCGGACGGUCCAGUCGGGGUCUUGAACCUCGGUCCCCCACGGUGGCAGGCGACGAUCUUAACCAUCGGCCCACGGCCCAAUAAAGUGAAAGAGUAAUAAUAGAGAAAACAAUUUCUAUAAACGAACUAUCGGAAACAGCUGUGAAAUCCGAAUUUGUACAUCACGGUGACAUCAUAGAAGGUACAGCCUAUACAAGGCCUUCAUAAGAAAGAGACACGGGUGAAAUUUGUAGCUUUUGUUUUUUUUAAGCAACUCUUAUCCAAAUAAGUGCAGGAAAGGUAAACCUGUACAAUUGGACAAUGUUACGGAACGGUUUCUAAACCACGUGGCUUAUAUCGGAAAGCCGAUUAGCCCAGUUGUCCGUCAACAGGACUUGUGAGAGGAGAGCAACGAAUGAGUAGACAGACAACGGCGUCAAGGCAAUGGCACGGCUCCGUUCAACAAGGUACAAGGAAUUCGGAGAGAAGACAAUAGUAAAUCAAUCAUUUAUUGAGUGUCUGCGUGCAUAUUUAUUUUCAUGUUUCUGCCAACAGAGCCGGCAUCGCAAAUGGCAAUUUGUUGUCAAUUACCACGCUUGGAUAAAUGAAGGUGUAAUAAUAAUAAUUCUAAACGAUAGCCCGAAUGCGGCGUGGCUCUGCAACGGUUCUGGACUCGGAGGUCCCACCAGACUCGAAUUGGACCAAUAGGGGAUUCGGGGUGAGCAGAUGGAAUCGAGGAGAAAGCGCCAAAUCCAAGCCAGAGGGGAAACAGGUUUGUUUUGGCAUCAAGUACAGAAGGCCUUCGAAAGGCUUGUAGUACUUGGCGCGGCCAACAGAGGGCGAGGUUAACUGGAGCACCGAAGAAGAAGAAGAAGCCGAAAGUAAACAGGAAGCGCGUGCGAAGUUUGGUAAACACUGAAGGCUGACGUCGACCGGACUGUGAAGAGUGAAAACCGGGGAUGCCGGUCGCGCUCAGCCGUAAAUGGAAACCCUAACCCAGCUUUUGACGGAAUUGAACAGUAACUAAUUGCACAUUUGACUUUGACCAAAGGGACACGCUGCUAAUAUGUGGCUUCGAUUGGCUUGUUUUCAUCUGGAGGACGAUAGCGCCCAAUGAAGGAUUUCCGCGUCAUGUCAACUGUUUCCGUAUUUGUGAUGAUGAUUAAAGAAGUAUAUGUCGUGUGUAAAAUCAGGCGACUCUCCAUUGUGGGUCGGUAAGAUUGGAUGAAGAAAGUUUCCAUGGAGGAAAGUGGUGUAACGCGCCGCAGCAGAUUUUGCGCUUCCAUUUGUCCCUCCUCAUAAUCGCCAGGUCACGCAGGGCGGUGUACUUUAGUUUUGUCGAGCCAGUGCGUCGUUUAGUGACGUCACAACGGACAAUGAGAAGUCACUCGAACGGAGGCCAUUUGCACACGUUGAAAUAAAGGAAGGAAAAUGA